AUGCUUCAGCACCAUAGCCAGUACCUGGGACUGUACGCCCAUCCUCAGCUGCAGCAGCACCAACCUGGUCACGCGUACGCAUCUUCUUACGCUCAAGAGACACCGAAUUUAUGGAGCCCCACAACGUUGGACAUUAUCCUGAGUCAGCAGCAACACGGCAACGCAGCGGUUACCGAUCAGUUGUACCCUCGCCCGGAGUACAGGCCGCAACAGCAGCCGGCUGCCUUACUUGACUAUCUCAAUGCCCAACGGUUUCAGUACGAAAAGGCGACAGCGAGUGCCGAACAGCCGACGUCCACGCUGUUCAAGACUCAAGCGGAGAGUGACUUCGGAACCGGUGCGGGACACCUGCCGGCUAGAUGGUCGUCCUCGGUGUCGUCGACGACGUCCUCAGUAACGUCGACGGACUCGCUUCAACAGGCACGCACUGCUUACAACCAGCAAGUUCAGAACGCACACGGCCUAGGCUCGUACUACCCGCCGAUCUCUCCAGCCCCGGUCGCUCUCCCCUUCCACAAAUAUUCGACGUCGCAGAUACUGGGUUAUCCGGCUCAAGUUCCAUACUGCUAUCCUGUCAUGGCGAUGCACUAUCCGGCCGGCCGGCUGACCGCGGGUACCUUAGAAGCCGCAAGCGCGUCCCAGCGCAUGACCACGGCCGAACAGCUCGAGGCCCAGUGCAUGCAGCGCUACUACAGGUUGUCCGACGUGGCUGCCGGGGCCGCGGGCAGGCAGGUAGUACCGAUCGCCGAUUACCGAGGUAGUCAAGUCGGCCCGAUCGGCCUGCAGGAUUACGCGCAGCCCGACCAGCCGUACACGAGACUCCUCAGCCAGGUGGCUUCUGGUAAUUAUGGUGGCCUCGAUCGGACGUCGCAGCAGCAGCAACAGCCGGCAGCCGAGGAGACGACGCAGCAGCAGUCGCCUCCCGAAGUGGCUCGAGGGGGUGGCAGGUCCUACAAGAGCGGAGCCCCGCCACCUUACCAGCAGGUCGUCGGCACAGGUGAUAGCGAGUACAACGUACGUGCAACAUUUUGAUUCCCCCCCCCCCUCCCACCCCCAGUGUAUUUCUAGUGAAGGUGGCCGGGACGAGCGAGUUCGCUGAAAAUCUCUAUAUAUAGACUCUGUAGUAGACGCUUACGCGUGAACUUUGAAACCGAUGGGUCUUCACAGACUACGGCCUGCCGUAGAUGAGUACACGAUGAAUACGCAUCAGCGACAUUUUUUGACCACUCGACACGAACGUUUUGGGAGUGUUUUAUGAAGGGGAAAAUAAUAACCAAAACAUUCGUGCUUUACGUUAAAAAAAAACGCAUACAAUCGUCACUCCCAGAAUAUUUGCACCAAUAAAUGCCUCUACACCUCUAACUCAAUAAUUCACUGGAUAAGUAAUAAUUCACGUACACUCGUAUGCCCAUCUACCUGUUAUAGUUGUAGGGGAGGCUGGUUGGCGAGGUCCAUCGAUUUUUAAGUUGACGCUUUUUUUUUAUCUCUUUUGUACUGUAUGUUACGUGAGUUUUCGUUUUUUUUUUUUUUUUAUCUUAUAAUGUACCUAAUACAUUGUGAUAUUGUACUCAUUGUCGAUUAACAAACCUUUUCUUUUUUUUUAUGUAUUAUUAAUAACCAUUGCGUAUGUAUGUAUGAUUCUUAA